AUGGGAGUGGUGGGCAGGUCGCAGGGAUUUCUUCACAUUAGCGAGCCGCUUCUGAAACCUGGGGCGCUGAUUGGAAUGAGCCCCGCUAGAAGACCCUGGCGCUCACAAUAUCAAAAUUGGAAAGUAUCCAGACAGGUGGAGAGGCUUCCUACCUUGGUACGGGACAUGCAGCUACCAGCGGAUCUUACAGUACCAAAGCUGAACAAUGUUUCUGGUUCCCUUCUUUUUUGCAUUUCCUGCCCAGCAAAGGAGGAUCGCCGCCUGAACUUUGCCGCGUUGCAGCAGUAA